AUGUCAUCACUUUGGGAACACCUCUGGAGUAUUAGAAAAUGGUGGUUGGCUCUGCCGCCCAAUAAAAAGCAGCUGUUUCGUGAAUGGACAUGGCAUCGACGCUGGCACUUUGUGGGAGCUGUGGCAGGACUGCUGUUCUUCAUCUCUCUCUUUUUAUGCACUCAUCUAGAUGAAUCUCCAGUUACAGACAGGACCCGACUGCUGGUGUUCAGCGGGGAGAGCUUCAUGGAACUGGCUCCGGUCACUGCGGAAGCGUAUAUGGAGGAGUUUAAGGAUUCUCUGAUCGCUCCAUCAGAUCCCAGACAUCAGGCGGUGGAGUCAUUGGUUCGCAUUCUGGCCGAGAGAAACCAGGACAUUGCUGAGAUCUCCUCUGUCCCCUGGACGGUCCACGUGGUGGACGGCCCAACAAUCAAUGCUUUUGUUUUGCCUAAUGGAAAGGUCUUCAUCUUCGCAGGAAUGCUGGAGGCUGUAGCAGACAUCCAUCAGCUGCUCUUUAUACUGGGACAUGAGAUGGCUCACACUCUGAUUGGUCACGCAGCAGAGCAGGCCAGUUUGGCUCACGUGGUGGAGCUGUUGUCUCUCAUCCUGUUAACGGCGAUCUGGGCGAUCUGUCCCAGGGACAGUUUAGCCAUGCUGGGCCAGUGGAUUCAGAGCAAACUAGUGCAGUUUUUAUUUAACCGGCCCUUCAGUCGUAAGCUGGAGGCAGAGGCGGACCAAGGUACUGCAGAAAUUACAUUUUUAUCAGGGUUCAAUUCCAAAGGAACACCCAGCCAGCUCUGGGCUCCAGCUAAUGACGUGUCCAGAGCUUCGAGCACUCGUGGGGUUGUGUGUGUGUGUGUCAUCUCUCUGUUUGCUUCCUUUGAUGAUGGUGGAGCUCUAACAUGCCUGGAAACCAUCUCUGUAUGUGUGUUUUUUGAGAUUUGUGUGUGUUUCUGUCAGGCGUGUGCUGACGUGAGGGCGGGCCCAGUCUUUUGGCAGCAGAUGGAGAUCUAUGAUCAGUUGAGAGGCGAACCCACCAUCCCCGAGUGGCUGUCCACACACCCUUCCCACCAAAACCGUGUCAGACAGUUGGACCGCCUCGUCCCUGAGGCUUUGGAGCUCCGUGCACGCUGUGACUGUCCUGCCCUCCCCAAAGCUGACCCCCGUGUCAUUUUCCACCAGUCUGUUGAAUUGCUUCUGGACAAUGCCAAAAAACAAGAAAAGGUUGCACAAGAAGAAAAGAAUGAGAAACGGAGAGCUGACGUCAUGUUGCCGCUCCCUCAGUCCCCUCCUGUCCCGACUCCGGGGUCUCAGCCUCAGUUGGGAGGAUUGCAGGCCACAUCCGCUCUGCCACAAACUCUGCUUAGUAAAUAAGACUUGAUUGAACAUGACUGACAGGGACAAAUCCAAGCUUUCCUUUUCACUUCUCUUUUUCCAGUCCAGUAGCUCUGAACAAGGACUGAGACGAUUGUCAGAUAGAACCAGACAGUUUUUUUGAUCCAUUUGAUUAGCUGUCACUUUGAUACUUACGUCAGUUAGUCUGUGAAAUGUUUUGAGUGAGGGUAUGUACAUUAUUUGUGUGUGAUGCUUGAGUUUACGCUCCUCCUUCAAGCAUCCGUGGAGGUGCAGUCAUGUUAAUAAUGGAGCAAUCGUCCGCGCUGAUGGCCUCGUGGGCAGCGUGGUGGCAUACAGCACCAUUGUGCUUUGGGUGUCACGAGUUCGAGUCCUGGAUCGCGUACCUUUCCCGAUCCCAUCCCCCUCCUCUCACCCACUUCGCUUCCUGUUGACCUAUACUAUCCCAUCCAAAUAAAGGCAUAAAAUGCCAUAAAUCUUUAAAAAUAAUAAUAAUAGAGCAAUUGUAAAUGGGUUUUUGAUUGGUUUUUAUGAUGUUAUUAGCAUAAGACCUCUGUGAAGUUAUGUGCAUUAUGGUGUAGAGUACAUUAUUCAUCAAACAUCUGCCUCUGCUUUAAUGUCCCCUAUAGGUUCCAGGUUGUAAUGUUAGUGCUGCAUUGCAGUUAAUGUCACUGUGUUUGGAGCUUUGGACACACUACAUUAUGAAGAGGAUUUAUAAGGCAGCUGGUGCUAAAUGAGCCCAAUGCUUGUGUUCUUGUGUUAGGUUUAUUUUAAAUGCACUUUGUAUGAAUACUAUGAAUGUAGACAUUUUUUGACUGUAAUUACAUACAAGAUAAAUUAAUUUACCGG